AUCCCCUGGUGGCCGUGCAAAGUGUGUAAAACCGGAACAAAAUGCCCCGUUCGUACUCGAGAUCUCCCUCACGAUCGCGCCGAUCGGAUCGCAGCAGUAAGACCACAAAAAAGCGUCGUUCACGAUCGCGGGAGUAUGACAAAAAGUACCAGCACAAAGAUAAUGGCCGGAGACGGCGGUCGGAUCGUUCAAAGUCGCGCUCCGUAACUCCGUCCUCGUCGUACCGGCAUGAGAAGAAAUCGUCCUAUCGCGGCAGAUCCAAGGACCGGCACUACAAGGGGUCUACCCGGAGGAAAUCACCCUCGCGCGAUCGCUACCGGAGACGCAAAUCUCGCGAAAGGGAACGCUACCGCCGAUCGUCCAGCAGCUCGCGCUCCGAUUCCUCCAGCAGCUCGAGCAGCAGUUCCUCCAGCAGUGCCAGCGGUUCAAGCACACGAUCGUCUCACCAAUCGCGAAAUUCAACAAAACAGGCUCCCACAACUAGCCGAAAAUCACCGCCGAAGGAAUACGUUUUCAAAUCAUUGACGGAAUCUGAUGCUGUCGCGGAUGCUUUGGAGAAAACCACCAAAGUAGAACAACUUGAUGCCGACGAGUUCGUUCCUCAAGCGUUCAUUUCAACUCGUAAGCAGGCUGCCACCCCGGCCGGCAGCAUAGUCAUAGACCUAGCUUCUCAGACUAUCAAAAUACCGGCAGCAGACAAACCGGUGCUCGAGGAAGAUCCCCUCUUCCAUCCCUUGUUCUUUCAGGGUGAGGACGAUGAGCGGAUGGCGCGAUGGGUUAAGAAGCUGCAUUCGCUACGACAAAGCCUACUUUAAAAGGAACCAGUCGGAUCUCUACUCUGUACUACUCUCCCGGAAUAAACCUAGUUUUAUUGACUGAAAACAAUGGC